AGCAGAUGUUUCAGUUCUGGCGCUGUGAAAAAUAUUCCUUUGUAUUAUAAAGAUUCCAUCCAUUCUCUGGGACUGGAAGAUGUGAUGGCUGUAGACGGACUAUAAUCAGGAGUGGGUUUCAUAUCUGAAAAAAGGGAGAGCCUUCUCCCACACUGGCAGCCCUUUGUGCAGCACCCCUUGUUCGAGUGCCGGGGCUCCUGUGUCUUUGGAAGGGCCUGGCAUCUGGAUUCAAAGCCACUAUGGUGUUAUUGUUGUUGGUGUCAGUGUCUUGGAGCUAAUGCAUAUUGAUGAGGAAGGCUGAGCCCACAGAUUGUUCAAGUGCUCUGCAGAGAAAGGGGAGGCAGUGGAGCGGCUGGGAAUACGGCACUGUGUUUCCUCUCCUGUAAAGGCAGGCGGGCAGCUGCUGCUGCUGCUUCCCAUCACAGAUCCGGGAUUUGGUGUUCUUCCUUCCCUCUUUCCAUCACUGGAACAUACUGGAUGGGAUGCUGAGCUAAGAGCAGAGUUUCUGCUAUACUCAGAGGUCAUCCUUCUUCCACCAGCCAAGCUACAAUGGAGGCCCCUCUGGUGAGCCUGGAUGAAGAGUUUGAAGACCUGAGGCCAUGCUACAUAGAGGAGAGGGAAGAGAAAUCGUGUUAUUUCUAUGGCUCCUCUCCUCUCCUGGAAGACCCCUUGCUUUCUGAGCUUGAGAAUUUCUCCUCCGAAAUCAUCAGCUUCAAGUCCAUGGAAGACUUGGUGAAUGAAUUCGACGAGAAGCUCAACGUUUGCUUUCGGAAUUACAAUGCCAAAACGGAGAACUUGGCCCCUGUGAAAAACCAUCUUCAGAUACAAGAAGAGGAGGAAAAUUUACAAGAUGAGGAGGUUUGGGAUGCUCUUACCGACAAUUACAUCCAAUCCAUCUCCGAGGACUGGAGAGAUCCAAACAUUGAGGUGUUAAAUGGAAACAUCUCCGACACAGAGAUCCGCGAGAAGGAGGAGGAUGAGCUCAAUGAGAAGAGUGAAAAUGAUUCCGGUAUCAAUGAGGAGCCUCUACUCACAGCAGAUCAGGUGAUUGAAGAAAUUGAAGAGAUGAUGCAAAAUUCACCAGACCCUGUGGAGGAAGAAGAGAUUCUGGAGGAAGACGAUGGCGGAGAAACCAGCAGCCAGGCUGAUUCGGUCCUUCUGCAGGAGAUGCAGGCUUUGUCACAAACCCUCAACAACAACUGGUCCCAUGAAGGCUGCCCCAUCCCUAGAGCCUGGGGCUUGGGCCACAUGUCCUCCUCGGAGCUUUCCGAGCUCCUGGACCAAGUCGAGGGGGCCAUCCGGGACUACUCAGAGGAACUGGUGCAGCAGCUGGCUCGGCGGGAUGAGCUGGAAUUUGAGAAGGAGGUGAAGAACUCCUUCAUCACAGUGUUGAUGGAAGUCCAGAACAAGCAGAAAGAGCACAGAGAGCUGAUGAAAAGGAGGCGGAAAGAGAAAGGGCUGAGUCUACAGGGCAGCCGGAUAGAAAGGGCAACCCAAAUGCCUCUCAAGCGGUUCAGUAUGGAAGGUAUCUCAAACAUUCUGCAGACUGGCAUCCGACAGACAUUUGGGAACUCAGCAGCAGAUAAGCAGUAUUUGAACACAGUGAUUCCAUAUGAGAAGAACGGAGUGCCUCUCUCAGUUGAAGACUUACAAAUACUUACAAACAUUCUUUUUGCAAUGAAGGAAGACAACGAGAAGGUCCCUACAUUGCUAACUGACUACAUUUUAAAAGUUCUCUGUCCUACCUAAGUUCCCUGCUCUGAGCAUCGUGAAACCAACUGGAGACAACAAGGCCAGUGUGUCAUUCCAUCCCAGGGACUGCAUGACAUAAUGUAAACUUUUGAAUUGUGUAUUUAAAGAUGUAUAGUAUUAACCUGGAUUAAACAUGAGCAGAACCCCCUUCUUUUGCUGUCAGUUUCUAGUCAUAGUAAAUAUUUGAAUGCAAGGGCUGCUUGUCCCUCCCUCUCUCUUUGCCACCUCUGUCUUGGAGGAAGCAGUACAGCAGCCUUCAUCAUGUAUUUUCAGCCCAUCUUUCCCCCAAGUAGCUUUGAAACUAAUUUGAAUACUGAAAUAAACUUUCAUUUAAAAGUUUAUUAAAAAGUUGUCACACUU